AUGAUAUACACGAAGAAAGAAUGGUAUACUCCAGCCGAGGUGGCCAUCCACAACCGCGCUGGUGACUGCUGGAUAUCUUUGAAUGGAAAGGUCCUAAACAUGACGCCUUGGCUCACGCAACAGUUCAAGGUGUGCAAGUGCACGAAAUCCUGCUCCUGCCCCGUCAAGAACUGGUUCUGUGACGACAACUGCGUGGAGUACUGUAACUGCUUCAAGAGAGGGUUCGCCUAUUGCGACGGGAAGAGGCUUGCCAUGAUGAUAGUAGCCUACGCCGGGAAAGACGUUAGCCACUGGUUCAAGGGCGACGAAUGGGUGAAAUACCUGCACCCUGUGACGGGGCUACCCACCACGUACCAGCUCCAUGGCCACGGCCACCGGCAGCCGGUGGUUCCUUCGACGAGAUGGCGCCCCGUCGAGAAGACUUGGUGGCUGGAUGAGGGGCUGGUGGUGGGGAAGGCUACUGCGAAGACCAGGCCGAUAAGGAUCACUAAUACUUUGAAUGACGUUGUCGUCCGUUUGCAGUCAGUCAAACCAACAGAGUGUGCGGUCUUCCAAACGGACGAGAAACGUCGAUCUCAAAACGAAUUUGAAAGAGCCCUAUUAGGCCAGUAG